CAGUAGUCUUCCUCCUCCUCGUGUCCACCAGCCAUUAAUCCCACACAAUUAGGCAAGUCCGUGCACCGAUCACUCUCAAUUUUAGCCACUCUAGCUCUCGUAUCUUUUCCUCUCAACCUAGCCAGCCGCUUAACCUGUAUAGAAACAAUGGGAUCUGAAGCUCUGGUCCAUGUUCUUCUGAUAUCUUUCCCAGGACAAGGCCAUGUUAACCCUCUACUCAGGCUUGGCAAGCGCCUUGCUUCAAAGGGUUUGCUUGUAACCUUCUCCACCCCGGAAAGUAUUGGCAAACAGAUGCGAAAAGCCAGCAAUAUCACUGACGAGCCUGCCCCAGUUGGUGAGGGAUUCAUCCGCUUCGAGUUCUUCGAAGAUGGAUGGGACGAGGACGAGCCAAGGCGCCAAGACUUGGACCAGUACUUACCCCAACUGGAGCUCGUUGGCCAGGAGAUCUUCCCCGAGAUGAUAAGGAGAAACGCAGAACAGGGACGCCCCAUCUCUUGCCUAAUCAACAACCCUUUUAUUCCUUGGGUUUCGGAUGUGGCUGAGAGUGUUGGCCUUCCUUCAGCCAUGCUUUGGGUACAAUCUUGUGCGUGCUUCGCCGCGUACUACCACUACUACCACGGCUUAGUCCCUUUCCCUUCCGAAACCGAACCCUUUAUUGAUAUUCAAUUGCCUUGCAUGCCACUUUUGAAGUAUGACGAAGUUCCAAGCUUCUUGUACCCUACCACUCCGUACCCGUUCCUGAGGAGGGCCAUCCUGGGCCAGUACAGGAACUUGGACAAACCCUUCUGCAUAUUGAUGGAUACGUUCCAGGAACUGGAGCACGAUAUCAUCGAGUACAUGUCCAAGUUCUGCCCUAUCAAAACGGUCGGGCCUCUCUUCAAGAACCCCACGGCUCAGGACGCAAACGUCCGCGGAGACUUCAUGAAGGCCGAUGACUGCAUAGAGUGGCUGGACUCAAAGCCACCCCAAUCCGUUGUGUACAUCUCCUUCGGCAGCGUCGUCUACUUGACUCAAGCCCAGGUGGACGAGAUAGCACACGGGAUCUUGAACUCUGGGGUCUCGUUCUUAUGGGUCAUGAAGCCGCCACACAAAGACGCUGGCUACGAACUGCUCGUUCUUCCAGAAGGAUUCUUGGAGAAAGCUGGGGACAGAGGUAGGGUGGUCCAAUGGAGCCCACAAGAGCAAGUGUUGGCCCACCCCUCCGUUGCAUGCUUCGUGACACACUGCGGAUGGAACUCGACCGUGGAGUCGCUCACCUCAGGCAUGCCGGUGGUGGCUUUCCCGCAAUGGGGUGACCAAGUCACGGACGCUGUGUACUUGGUGGAUGUGUUCAAGACCGGGGUGAGAAUGUGCCGAGGUGAGGCCGAGAACAGGGUAAUUACUAGGGAUGAGGUGCAGAGAUGCUUGCUGGAGGCCACGGCGGGGAGCAAGGCAGAGGAGAUGAAGCAGAACGCAUUGAAGUGGAAGGCCGAGGCGGAUGCUGCUGUGGCGGAGGGUGGUUCCUCCGACCGGAAUAUUCAAGCCUUCGUGGACGAGGUGAGAAAGAGAAGCACGGCUCUCACCAGUAGGUCAACUACUAGGGGUUGAAGAUGUCGCCAAUAAUUCAGCCACCAAUGGGCUUGCAGAUUUAGUCGAGUUAAGGGAGAAUAAUGGGGACGUCAACUUGGUUGUAUCCUAAUUAAUCCUCGGAUGAUUCCUACUUAACGAAUAAAAACAAGGUAUGAACUACUACGGGUGGGCACGUGUUAGGGAAUGAUUGGAAGGUGAACCUCAUUCAACGUGGAAUAACUAGCUAGGAUACCUUCUAUAGUGAGGUAGUACUGGGUUUUUUUAUUUUUUGUUAACAAUCUUUUUUAAUAUAUAGAUAUAAUAUAAUAUAGUAAUUAUAAUGGUUGUGAUCUUUCCUGCA